AUGACUGUGGGGACGUUUUACAAGUGGGAGGAUCACAAUCACGGACUGGAACACAAAUGUGGAACCUGCGCAACUGUGUUGUCGUCACCACGCGCCAAAAGAACGUGUUUCGGUAUUCACGAAGAGGUUUGUCCUGCAUAUCACAAGACGCUUCAUUUUGUCGGUGCGAGUCACCGGUGUGUAGCUUGCUUAAAUACCAUCGAAGCUCAUAGCAAACGCCACCUUGAGAUUGCUGAAAUCAUAAAGGCCAUUCGCCGUCUAGAAGGGAGCCCUAGCACAGAAAGUCCACUCUACAACAACAAAAGGAAAGGCAAGAAGAGAGACGACUCGAACCUUGACCAUUCAAAUGAUGGAAGUGAGCAUGUUGGUGGAGUUGAUCCAGAGCGAGAUGUCGAAUGGGAUAGCAACUCAAGCACUCUCAAUAAUGAUGAUGAUGACGACGCCAAGGAAAGGAAGCAGUGCUGGUCCGGGAUCAUGGAAAAUGCUGAUGCCCGCAAAGCAGCAAAGGCCGAACGGAAGGCAGCAAAACAUCAAGUCCUCUUCGACGUCACAACCCAGGAGGAAUUGGCUACAGUCGAGAAAGCUUUGCAUCCAGAGUCCAAGCAUGAAGCCAGCGCAGUCUCCAAGAGUCAAGGACUAGCGGACAACCGCACGAUUGACGAGAACAUCGGGUUCAACGCAAGCACCUUUAAAUGGAGUAAGCUACAACUAGGUCUACACGUGAAGAAGAUAGCCAAAAGCAAUGACAGCAAGCAAAAGCCCAAUACCCCUCAACAAGACAACGAGAUCCUCAGCCCCAUCUUUGCCAGCCUCGGUAUUGAUACCAAUCUCUCGAAAGCGAGCAAAGGACGCAAGUCUCUCGAUGCCAGACUUCGCGCUGCAAUUCUUGGAGACCUUGUGGCUUUCGAAAACGACCAAGUGGAGACUAUGCAGCGCAUGGCCGGCUACUGGCGUUACGCCAACAGGCGCAUUUACAAUGAAAUGGUCCGGAACAACCAGCUCUGGGACUGGGCCACUGGUGAGAAACUGCCUGAGAUCAGGGAAGAAGUCGAGCUGGAUGUUAUCGAAGAGGAGGAUGAGAACGCAGAAGAAGCUAGCAACCUAGUUAGAGAGACGGGAGGACAGAUUCCUGAGAACUGGGAUGACCCAGAUUUCGAGCUCCCUGCUGAACAGAAGGGGCUUUCUCUGACUCCUCUCCCUGACAGAUCGAACAGCAAUGGGGAGGUGGGCAGGAGCGGUACACUUACAAAGCAGUCGCAUGCAGACCGCGACACGAAGCUGGAUCAGGAGAUCGACGAAUCAACCAGAGACUGCAUCACGAAUACCCCUAUCCCCGAAUUGUCCUUCAGUCCUGGACGCCUUCCCGGUCAAACUCUGAGCUUCAAGGUUCUAUCACCACUUUCCAGCAAUGAAGAUUGGGAGGCGCUUCGUGAUGAGUCUGGAAACCACACCAAGGAAGGCUCUAAGGUCCUUGGUAGUCCUACCCCUAGAAGUCCUCUCUCACCCAUGACUUCCAACCCCAAACACGAGAAAGGCUUCCAGGGUAUCAAAGACACCCGCGUCUUCGCGAAAGCGAUUCGAAAAGUCCCGCCGCCUUUCCAGGAUACACCACGUACUCCACAACCGAUCAGAAACCUCUUGGCACCAGCAACCCCGAACAGAGACACCCCGGACCUCCUCAACCGCUUCGGAGCGCUCAACCACGAAACCCCCGCCCCCUGCGAAGAGGUCCAGAAAGCGGACCCGCCCCCCGUCAAAUCGGUGCUCACGAUCCCGGCCACGCCCAUCGUCAAGACGUUGGCUAUCCACGCUGAGCAAGACGAGUGGAAAACACUGCGGCGAGGGGCAAAGGUGAAGACGGGGGCGAAAGGUGGGCCGGCGGUAGCCCUGAGGGAGAAGGCGGCUGUCAACGUCUACGCCAAAAAGUUCGCUGGGGGGAAGAGCUUCGCGGCCGCGGUGAAGAGGGGGCUAAUGAACGACGAGUAA